AAGAGGAGUCGAGGCCCCACACGAUGCCAUCAAGUUUGGAACAUGCGUGAAGAGCAACGCAUUUUUAUUACCACCAACAAUCUAGGGCAACCUGUUAAUAAAAAUGCUAGCAAGCUGACAAACUUUUUGGGGACAAUAGCACGUAAUGGGGAUUAUGCACCCCUUACAUAUUCUAAUUGGAGGGUAGUGCCAAACGAGAAGAAAGAUGAUAUGUACGAACUUGUCAUGUCCAAGUUUCAGUUUGACAAAGAGAUUAAAUCUUGGGUGUUGAUGUCGAUUGGAAAAAAAUGGAGGGAUUGGAAGUGCGAACUGAAGAAAUUCCACUACUCGCCUCAUGAUAAUGAUGAGGCGCGGCUAGCAGACCUUAAUGAGCAUGUCCAAAUGGAUCAGUGGAAGGCCCUCAUUGAGUUUUGGAACUCUGAAGAGGGAAAGAAAAUCGGAGAAAACAACGCAUUAGCCACACUGCAGGCACGAAGAGCUUUGCGCGAAUACGUGAAGAAGAGAUAAUUUUUUAUUAAUCACCUAAUAAUUUGAUGUCAAUCUAUUUCUCAUAUAUAACUUAUUUAAAUAAUGAUAGAGAAACAAGAGGGCCAAUGGGGAGGAUUUGACCCGAGUAGAUAUGUUCUUGUUGACACAUAGACGUAAGAAUGGGAUGCCUGUGGAUGAGGCCUCAGCAAG